CGCUUGAAGGAUCGAGUUGGUUUGGUCCUACAUGGCGUAAAGUUUCCUUCCGUGUACAGCACAGUGUCAGACUGACACAAAGAGGGAAGACGAAGACUGUCAAAAUGACAGACAUGGAAGCUGAUACCACCACACACACGGAGGCCCUGGUGGAUGAAGAGGAGCCUCUUUUCAGCAACCUGGACCUCUUCCUCUUCUCCCUCAUUGCUGGCCUGGUCAUUUAUUGGUUCAUGUCCCGCAAGAAGCCUGAGCCCAUCCCUGAAUUCAAGAAGCUUGACACACCAGCACCUACCACAAGAGAGACGAGUUUCAUAGAAAAAAUGAAGAAAACUAGCAAGAACAUCAUUGUAUUCUACGGCUCUCAGACGGGUACAGGAGAGGAGUUUGCCAACAGGCUUUCCAAAGACGCUCAGCGCUACGGCAUGAAAGGAAUGGCUGCUGAUCCAGAAGAGUAUGACAUGGGGGAACUGUCUCGUCUAUCGGAGAUUCCAAACUCCCUUGCCAUUUUCUGCAUGGCCACCUACGGUGAAGGAGACCCCACCGAUAAUGCCCAGGACUUCUACGACUGGCUGCAAGAAAAUGACGAUGAAGACCUCUCCGGACUAAACUACACAGUAUUUGCUUUGGGCAACAAGACAUAUGAACACUACAAUGCGAUGGGAAAAUAUGUCGAUAAAAGGCUGGAGGAACUCGGAGCCAAGCGCAUCUUUGACCUGGGCAUGGGAGAUGAUGAUGGAAAUCUGGAAGAAGACUUCAUAUCAUGGAGGGAGCAGUUCUGGCCGGCAGUCUGUGAGCACUUUGGAGUUGAAGCUUUAGGAGACGAAUCCAGCAUACGACAGUACGAGCUAAAGGAGCACACCGACAUUAACAUGAACAAAGUGUACUCGGGGGAGAUUGGUCGUCUGAAGAGUUUUGAGGUCCAAAAGCCACCCUUUGAUUCCAAAAACCCUUUCCUGGCCCACGUAUCCGUCAACCGCAAACUCAACAAAGCAGGUGAUAGAUAUCUUAUGCACCUGGAAUUAGACAUAACUGGCUCCAAGAUUAGAUAUGAGUCAGGAGACCACGUUGCUGUUUUCCCCACCAAUGACUCUGGGUUGGUGAACAAGCUGGGACAAGUCCUUGGAGUGGACCUUGAUGUGGUUAUCUCUCUCAACAACCUUGAUGAGGAGUCCAACAAGAAGCAUCCUUUCCCCUGCCCCACCACCUACCGCACUGCCCUCACUCACUACCUGGACAUCACACACCCUCCUCGCACCAACGUCCUCUAUGAGCUGGCACAAUACGCCUCCGACCCUAAAGAACAAGAGAAUAUGCGCAAGAUGGCUUCCUCCUCACCUGAGGGAAAGGCCCUCUACCAGAGUUGGGUGUUGGAUUCUUGUAGAAACAUCCUCGCUGUCCUGGAGGACUUUUCGUCAUUGAAACCUCCCAUUGACCACCUGUGUGAGCUGCUCCCCCGCCUCCAAGCUCGCUACUAUUCUAUUGCUUCCUCCUCUAAGGUUCAUCCCAACAGCAUCCACAUCUGUGCUGUAGUAGUGGAGUAUGAGACAAAGACUGGCCGCACCAACAAGGGAGUUGCCACCAACUGGCUGAAAAACAAACUGAUCACAGACAACGGCCACAAGUCCACUGUUCCCAUGUACAUCCGCAAGUCCCAGUUCCGCCUGCCAUUCAAAGCCACCAACCCGGUGAUCAUGAUCGGCCCUGGGACGGGAAUCGCUCCCUUCAUGGGCUUCAUCCAGGAGAGGGGCUGGUUCAAAGAGCAAGGAAAGGAGGUUGGAGAGACGGCGAUGUUUUUUGGCUGCAGACAUAAGAACGAGGAUUACAUCUACCAGGAGGAGCUGGAGGAGGCGGAGAAGACUGGGGUUCUAACACAGCUUAAUGUGGCCUUCUCCAGAGACCAGGAUCAGAAGGUGUACGUGCAGCACCUCUUGAAGAAAAAUAAGGAGGACAUCUGGAAACUGAUUCACACAGAAAACGCUCAUAUCUACGUCUGCGGGGAUGCGAGGUACAUGGCUAAAGACGUGCAGACAGCCUUCUACGAAAUCGCAGAAGAGCUGGGAGGCAUGACGCGCACCCAAGCCACGGACUACAUCAAGAAACUCAUGACCAAGGGACGCUACUCACAAGACGUCUGGAGUUAAAGAGCCUCAGACUCUGCUUUAGUGUCACUACUUGAGUGGUUGUUUUAAAUUUUUAAAUUUUUUACUCUUAUGUCUUGUAUUAUCAGGACUGAAUAUAAAAACCAUUAAACUCUUGUUCAUCACCCUGGUUCAUGAGAGCUUCAGGUAGCAUAAGAUGAUGAGGCAAACCCUACCUCGGCUGGUUGUGUUAAUUAAACCCGUUUGGUAAUUUCCCCAGCAUUACCUAUGUAUAAUAUGUUAGAUAUCAGGACCACCAGCCUGUGACUGCUGGGGUCCUUCAACAGUUACUUCAACUGGUUUCAGUCAGAGUCUCUGAUAUAAGUGAAUGAGUUUGUGGUAUUGAGUAUUUGACUGCAACUCAUGCUGCUUGCAGGUCAGAUGUAGGAACCCAUUUAUAUUGAAAUUCCACAAUCAUGAAAGCUUACUUUAAAAUUGUGCAUAUACAUUUUUGAUUGAAUUGAUUAAUAUGUAAAUGAGUCAUCGUUGUGGCUGUGCAGCUUCGUAAAAGGAUGAUGACUCUUGAGUGGUAAAUAAAUCUGUUCAGUGUGCCGGGGACACUGCUUCAGAUGUACAUUAUAUAACCCCAAUGUGGACAUGCAGAAUAAAAAUAAAAAGGUAUAAAUUACAUUCAAUUUGAUUGUGGAGCUGAAAACAAAACAGACAACAUCGUGAUGUAUAAAUAAUUGUUGCGGUUUCCAGUUCUAGAUUGAACAUUAAACGGUGCUUUAUUAAGUUCCUCUCAGAUGUGAUCAGGUACUGCUUUUGAAGUACUUAAAAUGCAUUUAAAUGUUUAAGAAACAUUAACAAAAAUCUUGGAGGAAAAUGGUGGUGUAUCUUGCAUCAUGCUGUAGGUUCUACCAUGUUUACCUCAAUGUUUUGACAGGGGAUUUUGCCUCUUAUACAGAAGUUCCUGUUGUUUUUUUUUCUACUUAAACAGUAACCUCUUGAGAGGCAUAAAAGAUGAUGCAAAGGGGGGGAGAUCAAUCUUGGAAAAAACACAAGCGCUUGUAUGUUCUGUCUCUCUGUCAUUUAACAUGAUGUAUCUGUAAACUGAUGUUUGUAAAAUGUUCACGCAUAUGGAAAUGUCUGAGGGUUGUUUAUUUUAUGCAUCCCUCAGCAGAGGAUUAUGAACUGUCAUGCAGCAGUAACACUUGGGACACAUGACACCCACCCCUGUCUGUUAUUUUCUUUUUUUUUUUUAAUCUUACUUUGUCCAAUCACAUAUGCAUUACUACUCUGAGAAAAUGACUAGUGUCUCAUGUCCCAGUACUUUAUAUUGUCCAAUCACAUAUGCAUCACUACGUGGAGAAAAUGACCAGUGUCUCAUAUCCCAGUAAGUGUGAAAAUGAAAGUUUGUGGAGCUCCGGAGACAAGUGACUAUGAAGCCUGUGCCUUUUUAACAAUGCCUUAUGUUUUGAGUUAGCAUUUUAACCAUGAUGCUUCACUGCCUUUUAACAGUUGUCUUUUUCUCACCCUUACAUUUUAAUGAAAAUUAAUUUUACAUAGUUCUGUCACUUUUUUAUUCGUUCCACUGUAUUAUGUAAUAAUUCAACUUUAUCAAGACAUGCCUUUUUAAACGAAUAAAAUUGGAAUAAUCUGUAAA